GUCCGCUGGGGCAACGUUCUCUCCGACAAGGAGGAGCUGAUGGACACGCUGGACGACGAGAAGGACGACGGGGCGGGAGGCCGCAUGUCGGCGGCGGGCCUGGGCCGCAUGCAGAGCCGCUCCAUGACCUCGCUGCCGCCGGAGCCCUUCAUGAUCAUGCGGUCGAAGGCGCUCAACCGCCGCGUGCAGCUCAACGUGGGCGGCGUGCGGCACGAGGUGCUGUGGAGGACGCUGGAGCGGCUGCCGCACACCCGCCUGGGCCGCCUGCGGGAGUGCAACACGCACGAGGCCAUCAUGGAGCUGUGCGACGACUACUCGCUCAUCGACAACGAAUACUUCUUCGACCGGCACCCGCGCUCCUUCUCCUCCAUUCUUAACUUCUACCGCACCGGCAAGCUCCACCUGGUGGAGGAGAUGUGCGUGCUCGCCUUCUCCGACGACCUCGAGUACUGGGGCAUCGACGAGCUCUACCUGGAGUCCUGCUGCCAGCACAAGUACCACCAGCGCAAGGAGCACGUCCACGAGGAGAUGCGCAAGGAGGCCGAGUCGCUACGGCAGCGCGAGGAGGAGGACUUCGGCGACGGAUGGUGCGCGCCCUACCAGAAGUUCCUGUGGGACCUCCUGGAGAAGCCACAGACGUCCCUCGCGGCCCGGGUGCUGGCUGUGAUCUCCGUGAUCUUCAUCGUCAUGUCCACGCUCGCUCUCGUGCUCAACACUGUGCCGAGCUUUCAGGGUCCGGAGCAAGGAGACAAUGAGAAACUGGCCAUGGUGGAGGCCGUUUGUAUCACAUGGUUCACACUCGAGUAUCUUCUGCGGUUCUCCGCAAGCCCCAACAAGUGGAAAUUCUUUAAAGGGGCAAUGAACGUUAUAGACUUACUCGCCAUCCUCCCUUACUUUGUUUCCUUGUUCCUUAUAGAAUCCAACAAACACACAGACCAGUUCCAGGAUGUGAGAAGAAUUGUUCAAAUCUUCAGAAUCAUGAGAAUUCUCAGAAUCCUUAAGCUAGCCCGACAUUCGACGGGUCUUCAAAGUUUGGGUUUCACACUGAAAAAUUCAUAUAAGGAAUUAGGUUUGUUGAUGUUGUUUUUAGCUAUGGGCGUGUUAAUCUUUUCGAGUCUCUGCUACUUUGCGGAAAAAGACGAAAAUCCUGUGUACAAAAGUAUCCCAGAGACUUUCUGGUGGGCGGGUAUUACCAUGACGACGGUAGGGUACGGAGACAUGUAUCCUAUCACACCCCUGGGCAAGGUCAUUGGGUCCGUGUGUUGUAUCUGUGGUGUGCUGGUCAUUGCGCUGCCUAUUCCCAUCAUCGUCAACAACUUCGCCGAGUUCUACAAGAAUCAGAUGCGACGCGAGAAGGCCCUCAAGCGCCGCGAGGCCCUCGAGAGAGCCAAGCGGGAAGGAUCCAUCGUCUCCUUCCACCACGUGAACCUCCGUGACGCCAUCGCCAAGUCCAUGGACCUCGUGGACGUCAUCGUGGACACAGGUCACAACAUGUCCCAGGCAGAUGCCAAUUCGGUGGCAGGGGAAUCCAUGCGUGCUGGCCAGACCGGCACUGGAUGUUACAAAAAUCACGAACACCACAUGGGUCGCCUGCAGAAGGAGGCUCGGCAGGGGGCGGGCGUGAACGCCGCCGCCCCUGCGUCGAACAUUCUCGAUAUCCCGGCCACCGAAGAGACGAGGCCGCCGGGCUCCCCCGAUUACCAGACGCCGGACGCUGCGGCAACUACGGCCUCCAGGCACGUCAGCAACAGCAAGGAGGCUGAAGGACCCAGUAGCCGCUACUUAGCGUCUGAAUCCCCACCCAGUAUAUUCAACAAGGAAGAAGGUGUAGAGGAAACCAGUGGAGAGGAUAUACCGCUCCGAACCAAACCUACAUCUUCAGCACAGUACUUAAGCAGCAGGUAUUGUGACCAGGUACUCCACCCGGUAUCGCCAACAGGUACUUAUGCUCAGUACCAUUUCCAGGUAUUGUUACAACGUACCAGAGCACCAAAUGCUGCAUUAGUCACCUUUUGCAAGUACUACCAAAUAUUAUCAAUUGGGGAGGCACCCUUGCUGACGGUGGUGUGGUUGCAGGACUACAAGGAGUUCAUAGAUGCGGAAUGCCUGGUGCCGGCGCCCGUGACCGAGGCCCCACACCACAUAGAGCUCCGGCCUCUCAAGACGGAGGACGGAGGAGGAGCGUCGGGGGGCUGCACCGUCGACCUCGCUUCCAUGGACUCCACUGACACCUUCGCCUCGUGUCCCACCCACCCCUUCAACUCUCAGGCGGACCUCACCGACGACCCGCCCAAUAACAAAGAUUCGAACCUGUACGUCAACCCUCUGGACGCCGACGGCUACCAGUCUCCCUCUUCCACGACCGCUGCUGCUGCGCCGUCAACUGCCACCGCGGCCGUGGGGCCUCGCACGCCCACGCCCAGAUCGUCGCCUCGCCACCGCGUGAUCCACCGCCCGCAGGCCUACACCACUGACUCCUUCGACGACACCCGCAGCACCGACAACCUCCUCGGAAGCAGCCGGUCCUCGCUGCAGGACUCGCCGCUGCCCAAACACCGCCGCGCGCGCUUCCAGGAGGAGAAGCCGCGUCCGUUCAGCCGUCUGCUGGAGUCUGUGGAGCGGGCCAGGGCUGCGAGGGAAGGUUCAUCUGCCGACAAGGCCAACAAGAUCACCAACAGAGGUCGUAGCGGUAGCAAAUCAUCGCUAGGCGGAGACUCGCUGGACUCGCGGCGCUCCCACGGCUCGCCCGAGCGGCGGAAGUCCAUCCUUAAGCACCGGGACCCUGAGACCGAGCAGCUGCUGCCUGACCUCACCUUCGAGCCUCCUCCGCCGCCGGCAGGGGACCACGACAAGCUGGGGCGCCCCUCCCUCAAGGGCAUCGGGCCCAGGGCGGGCGGAAAGCCUCACGCCCUCCCCGUCAAGUUCGUGGGCGUGGACGAGGAGGAGGACAGCAACCGCCCGCGCCGCACCCUGCCCCGCUCGCCCAUGCCACGGAGACACCCGCAGCGAGCGCCUCUGGCGGACUUGCUGGCGGACUUCGCGGGGCAGGAGAAGGCGGCGCGGGACGAGGCUACGCCCGAGAACAUUCUCAAGGACUCGCUUGAGCCCAAACUGGCGGCGACUCUCGACCAGCGCAACGCCAACCUGGUGCUACGCUGCUCCAAGGCGCCCUGCCUGUACAACCAACCUGCCUCCACCUCGCCCAUGGCCACGUCUCCUGACGAGGUUGGCGAGCCGCGACUCUGCCUGUGCGGGGCGCCCAUGACGCGCGUGGCGGCGCCCGCACACGCCACCUCCGCGCCCUCCAAUGCCCUCCCGAACGCCCGCCCAGUCACCGAGAACUGCCUCAUGAUGGACGACCUCAACAACGGCCCGGCCACGCUGCGCGACAUCGACGACUUGCUGUUCGCGGACCACACGCCUACCGAGGAGACGCACCUUCUGGACCGCUCGCUCUCCAUCCCCCACAAUGCCUCCGGCCUCAACACCUAGCUGUUGCUUCGCCUUCGUGGAAGGACACCCCGGCCUUCCAAUGAAAGGGCUGGAAAGAAACGUGAGACUAAGUGGAGGAUUGAUCUAGGUCAUCCAUCCACUUACCCUGCGGCGAUGCUGCAGACAAUUCACGAGGGGGAAUCACCAUCAAGCGCCUGAAAGCGAGCGAAGACAAGGAUCUGUUCCGCCAAACAACAGAGGUUCGCCAAACAGGAACAUGUUUUCGCGUGAGGAAUCCGCCACAAGAGCCGCCGUCGCCGAGGCCAGUUACUCCAAGACCCUGAGGCGUAUCUCUUCAUGCGGGAGCGAGAUUGGCUUCUUCCUAGCAAUAAAAUCACUAAAUACUUAAAUAAUUGCUCAUCUCGUUGUUGAAAAAAAGGUUCGAACUUUUUUUUUUUAUUGAUGUGUGUAAUUAAUCAUUUAGUAUAUCCCAGAAAAAAAUCCAUAAGAAAGCGGACAAAACUAAUGUUAAGAAGCUUUCGGAGGAGAGUUGGCCAACUGCCCCUCCCUCUUAGGCUGGGAGGAGGGCGUCGUUUGGGAAUCAGCAGUAAGCUCUGUGCAAACAAACCGUGUUUCAAAAUGUUACACUUAUCCAUACAAACAGUUAGGAAACCAAGCCUUAUAAACCAGCGAGUGGGC